UGACGGGUGCAGUGAAGGCUGUGUCGUUCAGCUCCGUGCAAGAUACAGAACUUUCAGGCGGAAUAACAUCGAAUACAACAUGGCAACUGACGUCGCUGACGACCGAGAGAUGAGGGAAGCCCAGAGGGAUUAUCUGGACUUUCUUGACGACGACCAAGACCAGGGCGUUUACCAGAGCAAAGUUCGAGACAUGAUCAGUGAAAACAAGUCUCGACUCAUUGUCAACAUUAAUGACCUGAGGAGACGCAACGAAGGUCGAGCUGCCAAACUGAUGAACAGUGCUUUUGAAGAGCUCCUGGCUUUCCAGCGAGCCCUGAAGGACCUUGUUGCAUCUGUGGAUGCCACUUACGCCAAGCAAUACGAGGAGUUCUUCAUCGGCCUGGAGGGCAGCUUCGGCACCAAGCACGUGACCCCUCGCACCCUGACCUCUCGUCUUUUGGGCAGCAUCGUGUGUGUGGAAGGCAUCAUCACCAAAUGUUCACUUGUGCGUCCCAAGGUGGUGCGUAGCGUCCACUACUGUCCAGCCACGAAGAAGACCAUGGAGAGGAAGUACACUGAUAUGACCUCUUUGGAUGCCUUUCCUUCCAGCGCCAUCUACCCUACAAAGGAUGAGGAAAACAACCCGCUGGAAACCGAGUUUGGUCUCUCCAUCUACAAAGACCACCAGACCAUCACGGUGCAGGAGAUGCCAGAAAAGGCACCCGCCGGUCAGCUGCCUCGCUCCGUGGACAUCAUCCUGGACAACGACCUGGUGGACCUGGUCAAACCUGGAGACAGGGUUCAGGUCAUCGGGACUUACCGCUGCCUGCCAGGGAAGAAAGGUGGAUUCACUUCCGGCACGUUUCGGACUAUCAUGAUCGCGUGUCACGUCAAGCAAAUGAGCAAGGAAGUGUCCCCCAACUUCUCUGCCGACGACAUCGCCAAGAUUAGAAACUUCAGCCGCCUGCGCUCCAUCGACGUGUUUGAUCAGCUGGCUCGCUCGCUGGCUCCCAGCAUCCAUGGACACGAGUACAUCAAGAAGGCCAUUCUGUGCAUGCUUCUGGGAGGGGUGGAGAAGGUGCUGGACAAUGGCUCGCGCAUCAGAGGCGACAUCAACGUUCUGCUCAUCGGUGAUCCAUCCGUUGCAAAGUCCCAACUGCUGCGCUAUGUUCUCCACACCGCACCAAGAGCCAUCCCCACCACUGGCCGUGGAUCUUCUGGAGUCGGUCUGACGGCCGCUGUCACAACAGAUCAGGAGACUGGCGAGCGUCGUCUGGAGGCGGGUGCCAUGGUCCUCGCUGACCGCGGUGUCGUGUGCAUCGACGAGUUUGACAAGAUGUCCGACAUGGACCGGACGGCCAUCCACGAGGUCAUGGAGCAAGGCCGCGUCACCAUCGCCAAAGCGGGAAUCCACGCCCGCCUGAAUGCACGCUGCUCCGUGCUGGCUGCUGCCAACCCCGUCUACGGCAGGUACGACCAGUACAAAACCCCCAUGGAGAACAUCGGCCUGCAGGACUCUUUGCUGUCACGUUUCGACCUCCUAUUCAUCAUGCUGGACCAGAUGGAUGCGGAGCAGGACCGUGAGAUUUCAGACCAUGUUCUCAGGAUGCACCGCUACCGUGACCCUCGUGAGCAGGAGGGAGCAGCCAUGGCUCUGGGCGGGACCGUGGACGUUUUGGCGACAGAGGAUCCAGAUGUUAUCGAGGAAGAGCAGGAGGAGCUGCAGAUCUACGAGAAGCACAACAACUUGCUGCACGGCAGCAAAAAAAAGAAGGAGAAAAUUGUGAGUAAAGAGUUCAUGAGGAAGUACAUCCACAUCGCCAAGUCGGUGACACCAGUGCUGACGGAAGAAGCAGCCAAUCACAUCGCUGAGGAGUACUCCAGGUUGAGGAGUCAGGAGCAGAUGGGCUCUGAUGUCGCCAGGACGUCGCCCGUCACCGCUCGAACACUGGAGACUCUCAUCCGCCUCUCCACCGCGCACGCCAAGGCGCGCAUGAGCAAAGCUGUGGAGCUGCAGGACUCUGAGGUCGCCGUGGAGCUGGUCCAGUUCGCUUACUUCAAAAAGGUUCUCGAGAAGGAGAAGAAGCGAUCCAGACAGGAGCGGGAUUCUGGAUCAGAAGAGGAAGAAGAUGAGACGGCGACUCAGCCUUCACAGAGAACUCAAAGGAAGAGGGGGCGCCGUGGCUCUCAGGGCAGUGAGCCCUACAGCCCUUAUGACUUCAGUGAAGAGCAGGAUGUGCCAGAUAUCCAGACUGGCGGCUCAAAACCGGCCAAGAAGGCACGAGCCGAAGAGGACAGCAUGGAGGUGUCGCAGGCAGGAGACACGGAACUGUCCGCUGAGAGGAUGAAAGAGUUCAAGUCGUCUCUGUUCGCCGUGUUCCAGUCUGCACACGCUCAGUCUGUGAAGAUGAAGAUGCUGAUGGAAGGCAUCAACAAAGAGAGCAAAAAGCGCUUCACCGAAGCAGAAAUCCGCGCCGCUCUGACUCGCAUGCAGGAUGACAACCAGGUCAUGGUGGCUGAUGACAUCAUCUUCCUCAUCUGAGGAACCGAACCACGACUCGAGUAGCGCGGACUGAAAUGUUUCUGGGAGAUUUGGCUUCAUAAAUGCAGCACACGAGAAGCAUCACGUAUUUGUAAAUAGUUUUGUUACGGUUUAUAAAGUUGUGUUCAAAAACA